GGGGCCCGCUCGCUCCCAGUGUCAGGUGUGCCCACGGCCUCCCCGCUCCCGCCGGCCCACUUGGUACAGUCCACAUGCGGUUCGGAGUUGUUGCCGAGGAGGUUCCACUUUUCAGCGCUCCUCAAACUGGCAUGCAUCCUACGCUUUGGCCAAGCAGCAGGGGACUGCACUUCUUUUGACAAUGCCACUCUUUUCUGAGCGGAGGCAUCUCGGACGGCAGAGCAAGAGCGCGCUCUGCUACGUUUUGUGCUUUAUUUCAGGUGCUGUGUGCAGUCAGGUGGUGGUGCCUCAGAGAGUGAGUGCCGUGCUGGGAAAGAAUGUGACUUUAGACUGCCGGGUGGAGGUUGGCACAAACCUGACUCUGACUCAGAGUUCCUGGGAGCGCCGCCUGCCUUCAGGCUCCGUAACCGUGGCGGUGUACAACCCCGAGCUUGGCACCUUCAUCCCACCGGAGUACAUCAACCGCUUGCAUUUCCGGUCGCCGUCCUCUCGCGAUGCCACCAUCGUGCUGGAAAACGUGGGCUUCUCAGACGUGGGGAUCUACACCUGUAAGGUGGCUACGUUUCCUCUGGGAAACACGCAGGCCUCUACCACCAUCAGCGUGCUUGUGGAGCCAAAGGUCUACGUUUCCGCCGGCUCGGCCGCUCUGAUCGACGGGGGCAACGACACCGUGGUGGCCACCUGCAUCGCCGAGCGAGCUCGGCCCCCUGCUGAGGUGUCUUGGGAGUCCAACCUUUUCGGCCAGUCAGAGGUGCAGCUGUUUGACGACGUCAACGGCACGACCAGCACACAGGUGCGCUACAUCUGGCAGCCGACGCGCCACGUCCAGGGCCACGCGCUGACCUGCGUGGUGCGUCACCCGGCGCUCCAGAGCGACUUCAGGAUCCCCUACCAGCUCAACGUGCAUUUUGCUCCUGAUAUAUCCGUUGUGGGGUAUGACGGGGACUGGUAUGUGGGCCGAGAGAACGUUCAAAUGACGUGCAAAGCCAACGCCAACCCACUGGCUCAUCACUUCAGAUGGAUCAGAUUGGACAGUGAAAUGCCAGACGGCGUGGAAACGAGGAACAGCACAUUGCUUUUCCUGCGUCCCCUUCAUCGGAAUGACUCUGGCGUUUACAGGUGCGAGGUCGCCAACGACAUUAACCUCCGCAGUCGAGAUGUGCGCAUCCUCAUACAAGAUCCUCCUACCAUGCCUUCCACCAUUACCGCUCCUGUCCUAACCGGCUCUUCCUCCUCCACCUUUGUGGUCGAUAAGGGCCACGUCCUCCUGAGCUCCCCCACACUUGAAGCCCUGCCCGAAAGUAAUCUUGGUUCCAUAGUGGGUGGAGCCGUGGGCGGGGCCUUGUCCCUGCUUCUGGUGUUAUCUGUGGUCGGCGUGUGUUACCUACGGAAACCGCAGACUUUUCACGGCAGCUACUACGCCAAGCAGAACCACGGCACUGCUGAUCUGCAGAAGGCCGCCGGGCAACACGAGCUGCGGCCCACGAAGGCUGGCGGCGGCGCUAGCACCCGGGAUCAUGACCGGGAGGAGUGGGGCGACCGCGAGCUCAAGCACGAACGAGACCAGCAUCGCUAUAACGAGUACAACGGGGAAAAGUAUCCCGUUAACGGCUACACGAGGGCCAUGAGGGAGAGCGGCCGCCUCAACCAGCAACAGACUCCCCGUCAGGAACACGCACAGUUUUCUAGUCCACAGCGGCCCAGGUGCGCCAGAUACCCUCACCCACCUAAACGGCAGGGAAACGGCUCCCCCUACCUGUCGGAUGACUGCUACGACAGCGGGGCCGACGGCGAUUACGUGUCGCACACAGACGGCUCGCUCAUCUCACGUAGAGAGUGGUACGUUUGAUAAGCUGGAUGGUUCUGCAGGAGCAGAAAUGCAACUAAGGUUUUGUUUAUGAAGAAAACACCUUAUUGUAUGUGUACACACACCUCAGUUCUAGUUCUCUGCAGCUGGUUUGUUUUCAACUCUUUGGGACUGGAUGGUUUGGACGUGGAAACACUGGGAACUCUUCAGUCAGUGUAACAUCUUGGUACCUUUAUCUGUAAAGAAAUGAAGUGUGUGCUGUUGCUGCCUUACUACAUGGACUGCCACAGUUGAUUUAGCAUGAAUAAUGUCUUUUGAGUUGAAGCCCUGGUGGCUCCUGAUAGGUGGCUGCAACAACAAUCAAAUUAUGUUUCAAGCUUUUUCCAGCUGAUCAUUUCAUGCCAACUUUACCAGACUCUGUUGGUUAAAAAUGACUCAUUUGUUUUGUUAAAAUUAUCCCAAGAAAAUGAGUUGCUUGCAAAGUUCUGUAGCUUCUUGUAAAUACAUUACUUUAAGUUUCAUCUUUAUGUUUUGCAAAGAUGCUUGAUUGAGAUUGAAGUACAACAUCAGUGAAGCCCUGUAGAUAGCUGAACAGUCAUUGCUAAAAUGUUUCAUUUGGUUUAAAAUCAUUUGGCUGCUGUGAAAUUUUUAGUUACGAAAUGUUUACUCAAAUUAGGUUGUCAUGUACUUUGUUUAUGAUAUGAGUAUUUAUGGAGGAGAUUCAGAAUUUUGCAUGGCUCGCCAACCAUUUGGUAUCUCUUUCUGAGCUGAACGGGUCGGUUGAGCCGAUGUGGGACGUACCUAACUUGUUAGCUUUGUCGUGUUUGCACUUGUUUACAAAACCACUAAUAUUUUCCCUCUGUUUUAAACCAUGAAGGUAAACUUACAGGAUUUAAGCAAAUAAUUUCCUGCACAGGAAGUUCGUUAUGCACUAGAUUUGUCUCCGUUAACGAAUCUGAUGGCUUUUGAACUUUAACAGCGAUGAAGUGUAUUGCACUGCCUGUCCCACAAAACUCAAUGACUCAUUACACUAAUUAGUUUUCAUUUGGUCUGCUCUUAUGUAAAUCACGAGGUAAAAAUGUAGGACAUAACAUGGCUGUAAAUGAACUUAAGGAACAUUCAUCCUGAACUGAUGCAGGACAACUUUCGUUUUUCGUUGAUCAUUAAUCCGAUGCCAUAAAACGAAAUAGCAGGGAAAUUACUUCCAUGAUAUUUUUAGCUUUUUCUGGGAAAAGUUCCAGGUUAGUUAUCCUCAUCAGUUAGCCAAGCAUGUUCACAGUAUCCUGCCACCUUUUUGUAUAAUGAUGGCUCUGUUUAAGAGUUUGGUCGCUGGCAUCAAAAGCGUGCUAUCAGCAGGAUAUUGUUUGAAGCAGGCUACUGCAAGGCAACCACCACACGCUGGCCUCCUCAUCAAAAACUGCUUUGUUGCAUAAUUAAUUUAGAUUUUUCACAUUUCAUUUUUCUUUUUUUUUUUUUCUUUUUUUUUUGUCGUAACACUUUUCCACACAAACCACCAACAGUUUUCUUUUCUCCUGUCUGAACAAUUUUACAUCACGUGUUGCAGAUGCAAGCAGAGGCAGUAAUAGAUGGUGGUAGUUCUGUAACAUUCAUUCAUCCAUAGAGCAGAAAAACUUAAACAAUGUAGAUGCAUCAGGUCUGUUUCUCACAUGAUUAUCGGCACUUUUACUCCAUCACUGCACAGAGACGGAAAAUAGUCAGUUGCACUCGUAAAACUGAAACUACAAAAAAAAUAUAACGCUUGAAAAUAACACUUUGUUUUUUGUAAAUUUACUUGCCAGUUUAUACUCUUGAACAUGAGUACUGUGACUUUUUUUUAUUUGUUUUUGUUUUUGUACUUGUCGGUGUUAUUGGGCUUCACAGCUCCAGUAGUUCAGGUCUCAAACAUUCACAAAUUAAAGUGAUGUAAAGUUUAUGUACGCAGAAGAAAAAGCAAAAAA